CUCACAGCUAAUAAAUAUAAUUUUUUCUCAUUGCCUAACCAAAUGAGUAACAUUUUCAAUGGCCCAUAAAUCCAAGAAUAUCAGAAUCACUUAGUAGGCAAAGCUUGGAAUAUAUAGCAAUUGGCUGAAAGUUACACAUAUAUGAUUACUACUUGUUUUUCUCUAGACCCUUUAAAAAGCUAGCCUUGGUGACCCAAAAAAAAAAAACACUCAACUUGUUGCACAUAAUGAAAUGGAGAGUGGUGGUAAUUUUAGCCUUGUCUCAUUUGUGAAAUGCUUCAAUGGGUGCAAAGAUCAAGCUCAAGUCUCUAGUUUUGGGACAAGGAUUUGGAAUUUCAGUGAUAAAUCAAUUGAAUUGCAAAUAAGGGUUGGUUCAAUCUUGAAGAAAGUUCACACAUUGAAGCCAGGAUCAUCAAAAAGGCUAAAUUCCAAGAAAAUUUACAAGGCUUAUAUGCCUAGUAAUUAUUAUAAAGGUGGAGUUAAGAGUUUACUUUAUUAUUAUGAUGAAUCUUGCCACCCUUAUAUUUGGAUUAAUGAUACUGGUUGUGAUUUCUCAAGAAUGGUCAAACAACAAUACAUAAGUCUUGAAGAUUUGAGAGAUUGUUCUGAGAUAAGAAUAUUUAGAGAUCAUCAAAGAGGUUGCAUUUCUGUUAGGAAGAAACCAAGAACAGAACUUUGUUGAUUCGUUUCUUUCUACUAUCCUUUUUGCUUUGUAAGACAACUUCUUUCAUGUUUAAAGAUUUGUGAUUUGAAUGCUUUAAGUGCUAAGGUUGAUUUAUGUACUUCUAAAAAAAACUAAGACAUGUAGAUUGUUGAGUGAAGUUUUAUUGGUUUUUUGUUGUUUGUAUUUGUAAUUGUUGAUUAGCAUACUUAUUAGAAUGGAUUAGUUGACAUGUAAUUGUUUUAUAGUCUAGUAAUACCAAUGUUAAUCUUUCACAUAA